AUGUUCCAAAUUAUCUUUUUCAUACCACUCAUCAUUGCAAUUUCCGGAACAAACAAUGAUUGUUAUGAUAUAGGUACAUCUUGUAACAAAAGAAUAUGCACAAAAUUUCCGCAAUUUGCUCGUAACAGUUGCGCUAAAACAUGUGGUUUUUGUGGUUCCACUAAUUCAGAUACUUCGUCUAGCAGUAGUGCUAGCAAAUCAGAUGUAUGCUAUGAUAAGGAUUCUGAUUGUUCAAAUGAAAUUUGUCAAAAUUAUCCAUACACAGCUAAAGAACGAUGUCCUAAAUUUUGUGGCUUAUGCAAUGAUUCAUUAUCAGGAAAUAGCGGUCAUUUGUCAUCAGUGAUCUCAUCGUCACAUCAGCAAAGUUCAUCACUGAAAAGUGAUAUGAUUCAAUCAGCAAUCAUUGAUAAAGAAAGAAAAUUAUCAUCACUAUGCAUUGAUAAGGAUUAUGAUUGUACCAAAGAAAUUUGCCAUAAUUAUCCAUUUACGGCAAAAGAACGAUGUGCCAAAACAUGUGGCCUAUGUUCUGGCACAUCAGGUAUAGCUAAUUUAGGUAAUCAUACAACUAUGGAAAUAAGUAAAUCUAAAGGAAUUUCAUCAUUACCGCUUAAUCGAGAAACUGAAAAUGUUCCCUUAAAUGGUCAUUUGUGUUUUGACAAAAAUAUUAAUUGCAAAAAAGAAAUAUGCCAUAAUUAUCCAUUUACUGCUAAAGAACAAUGCGCCAAAACAUGCGGUUUUUGUAGUGAUAAUGAAGGAAUCAUUCCACCACUGCCACCUUCCUUAUCAGGAAACAAACCAUCAGCAACAGCUGAAGAUUGUAGAGAUGAGAAUUCCCAUUGUUCGGAACAAUCAUGUUUGGAUUAUCCAUGCAAAGCACGUAGAGAAUGUGCUAAGACUUGCGGGUUUUGUGGUGAAAAAUGCUCGAUAUCCGACCUGAAACCCACUCCGGAUAAUUUGGAAAACGAAGGUAGCAUAAUCACUCUCGAUGAUGAUGACGACAGUGAUGACGAUGAUGCCGGUAGAAGAAGCUUCAUACAAUCAACAGCGACAUCAGGACAUCACUCAAUUUCCAGAACUGGUUAUGAGUCCAGCGACAAGCGAAAUGACCUAAUUCAUGGAAGGUCAGGACAUCGUCCUACCCAAGGAAUUGGUGAUGGAUCCAUCGGUAAACGAACUGACUCAAUUCGCAGAACGCUAGGACAACGUCCAAUUUCCGAAAUUAGUGAUGGAUCUACUGGCAAACGAACUGAUACAAUUUCUGAUACAUAUGUGCAACAGCCAACACCGCACAGAGAGCGGAGCAGAUAUCCUGGUAGAACAGGCCCAUGUAGUGAUGAAAAUCAAUAUUGUGAGAAGGAAGAUUGCUAUAAGUAUCCAAGAUUUGCUCAACGAUACUGUGAAAAAACUUGCGGUUAUUGUUAA